AUGUCUGUGGACGAAGACCCGGAUCUUGAUGCUGAGUUUGCGCAGUUUGAGGCUCAACUUCAAACCGUUGUCUCCAAGCCCCAACCCUCUGUACUGCCAUCAUCAGCACCAGUUCCAACCGGCGACAACGUGACAGCUCGUAGCAAUCGCAACGCCGCAACCCGUACGUCUCCUGCAACCACCACCCAUAGUCACGUCCCCGCCACGUCCCCGACGCCUGUACUUGCCACUAACAACAAAACCGCGCCUCUAACCGGCAAGUGGAAGUGGGACGGAGCCAAUGCAAAGUGGAAUUGGGUCACCUACGAACCCACUUCCUCCACUACCACACCACGUCCCGCCCCAGCGGCUUUCCCCUCCCGACCGGUGCCGUCCCAUGCAACCGCAUACCCCUACUCCAAUCCGUCUUUGCAUAUGUCUGCACCCCCCACAGCCGUACCUUCUAAGAAGGCAGCCGCGUUGGUCAAAAGGACGGCGGCUGGUGAUGUCUGGCAGGACCAUUCCCUUGCAGAAUGGCCUGAGAACGACCACCGCAUUUUCGUCGGGGAUCUCGCUCCAGAUGCUACCAACGAAGAGCUUGUCAUGGCGUUCUCGGCGUAUCCCUCGUUUAAUAUGGCGCGCGUGGUGCAGGACAAACGCUCGGGACAAUGCAAGGGUUACGGUUUUGUUAGCUUUGCGGCGGGAGAAGAUAUGAUUGCCGCACUCCGGGAAAUGAACGGGAAGUACGUUGGCAGUCGCCCGGUUAAGCUUAAGAAGAGCAAUUGGCAAAAACGAAAUCUCGACGGCGCUAGAAGAAAGGAGCUCAAACUGUUCAACACUAUUCGAAAGAAGAGACGAUAG